GAAAAUUUCCACCUGCUCAAAAGAUAAGACAAUAUUUCAGUACUCUGUUGUUGUACUGCGCUUUUAUAAGAUUUCAACAGCCAUUGAUAAAUCUUAGCUCCCCUGAAACUCAUCUUCUCUUUCAAUGGAGACCGCCGGCAGCUCCGAUUUCGAUCCCCAGCGGAUUGUUUCCCACGAGUUUCCCGAGACGGAAUACACUUACACAGAGAGAGAUGUUGCCUUGUACGCGCUGGGUGUUGGAGCGUGUGGGAAGGAUGCUGUGGAUGAUAAAGAGCUGAAAUUCGUUUAUCACUGCUACGGCCAGCACUGUAUCCAGGUUGAUCACAACCUGUUCGAUGAAAUUACUUUUAGUAAGAAGAUAGUGAAAUGAUUCAUUUGGUAUAAUGAAUCAUAUAAUUUUCUUUAAUAGAAGUUAGGGAGUAUAAGUUUAUUCAAGCAUGAAACAUUUCUAUAUUAAAUGCGGAUUAAAUGUUAACAAAUCGUUUUGUACUUUGCACGCUAGUUCACGGGUUAAAGGACUGAAUGCUUUCAAUCUUGAACUUGGUUUGUUUAUUUCGACGAGAUUCGUGAAGAGACCUUGAAUGAGGUUUUAUUGAACUGAGAGCGGAAUGGUUGACAGCAAUCUCGGUUCAUUUAGAACUUUACAAUUAACGGGACAAUGUGUGGUUAGUGUUUGAAGGAAGAAUGAAUGCAUUUGAAAGUACUUAUUCUUUCUAUUUUGUUUCUUUUCCAUUUAUGGCUGCAGGUGUUACCGACUUUUGCUGCUCUAUUUUCUAUUGGAUACAGUGAGACAAUAGCAGAGAUACCAGGCUUACGAUAUGAUCCACGUCUUCUAUUGCAUGGACAACAAUAUAUUGAAAUCUACCGGCCGCUUCCUUCAAGUGGUUCAGUGAUAAAUAGAGCAAGUAUUGCUGGAUUGCAUGAUAAAGGUAAAGCGACUAUUUUAGAGGUUGAAAUUAAAACCUUUGAGAAGAGCUCAAACGAGCUCCUAUGUAUGAACAGGAUGUCUGUUUUCUUGAGGGGCGCGGGUGGCUUCUCAAAGUCUUCCAAUCUUUACUCAUAUUCCAAAUAUCCAGCAAACCAAACAGUUCCAAAAAUUCCCAAUCGCCAACCAUUUUUGGUUUUAGAGGAAUUUUCGCAACCAUCACAGGCAUGUAAAAUGUAUCAACUUUUGGACUUUUCAUUUUUUAAAUCUUUUAUCAUAUUUUGGCUUCAUAAUCAAUGUUCUAAAAACCU